GUCGUCGUCGUCGUCCUCCACCUGCGCCUCCAUCACUCGGACCCUGACAGCAGGCGGCCAUGCACCUCCAACGCCUUCUGUUCUGCUUGCUUUUUGCGCACGCCUCCGCGGAUUUGCCCAUGUGCAAAGAGUCAGAUUACCACUUUGAGUACACCGAGUGCGACGUGCUGGGCUCUCGCUGGAGGGUGGCCCUUCCCAACAAGCCCCAAACCUGCACCGGCCUCCCAGAUCCAGUCAAAGGCACUCAGUGCACUUUCUCCUGCAAUGAGGGCGAGUUCCUGGACAUGAGGACUCAGCUGUGCCGGAAAUGCGCGGCCGGCACCCACUCGCUGGGCUCCGGCGUUGCCUUCGACGAGUGGGACCGCCUGCCCGCCGGCUUCGUCACGCAAGGGGUCAACACCGAUGGCUGGGGUGUCCACACCAACUGCUCCAACUCCACUUGGACACCGAUGGGCGAUUACGUGGCCUCAAACACGGACGAGUGCACGGCCACGCUGUCGUAUUCGGUGAACCUGAAGAAACCGGGACGCGUGUCCUUCGACUAUUCCUAUUCCGACAGCAGCAUCUACUUUGAGUUCUUUGUCCAAAAUGACCAAUGUCAGUCCACGGACUCCACCGGCCGCUGGAUGAAGAUCUCCGAGAGUGACUGGAGCCAGCACGAGGUCCGGCUGAACAAAGGCAACAACGUUUUGUUCUGGAGAACCACCGCCUACACCCUUCGGGGCCGGGCGGACAAAGCCGUGCUGUUGCGAAACAUCGCCGUCUCCGGGGUGGCCUACACAUCGGAGUGCUUCCACUGCAAGCCGGGCACCCACAGCGCGAAGCCGGGAUCCGCCCGCUGCGCCCCCUGCCCCCCCAAUACCUACUCCAACAAGGGGGCCACCGCCUGUCAUCCGUGCGGGCCUGAUGAAUAUGCAAAGGCUUCAUCGGGAAGCUGCAAAGCGAGACCGCCGUGCACAAGCACGGACUACUUCUACACGCACACGCCCUGUGACGCUCACGGAAAGACGCAGCUGAUGUACAAAUGGAUCGAGCCAAAAAUCUGCAGCGAGACCGCCAAGGGCUCUGUGAAGCUGCCCGCAUCAGGAGAGAAGCAAACGUGUCCACCGUGCAACCCGGGUUUUUUUGUGAGCAACACCUCGGCCACCUGCCAAGCUUGCGCUGACAAUUUCUACUCAAAUGGAACAGUCUGUGAAAAGUGCCCCGUCGGGACAGAAGCGGUGGUUGGGUUGGAGUACAAAUGGUGGAACACGCUGCCAAGCAACAUGGAGAGUUCUGUCCUACGGACAGAUUUGGAUGACUCUGUGCACCGCACUGCGUGGGAGGUGGCCGGAGAGUAUGUGUACACGACUCCCAGCGACCGAGACUCUGACUACCUCAUGCUCACACUCACCGUCCCGGGAUACAGGGUGCCAAAGUCUUUGGCCAAAGACGGCAAGUCGAGUGAACUGUCUCGCAUCAGCUUCGUCUUUGAGACCUCGUGUUCGGCAGACUGCGUCUUCUUAUUCAUGGCGGGUUUCAAUCGUUGGAACAACAAGGCGGUGGAGCAGUGGAAGGGCACCCACGGGAAGCAGUCCUACUCGUACCUCAUUCAGAGCAAUGCCACCGUCAGCUUCACCUGGACGUUCCAGCGAACAGACAACUCCACAGCGGAGAAGCGGUACAGCACCGAUGCGGCGAAGAUCUUCUCCAUUCACAUCAGCAAUGUUCUGGGGGGCGUGGCCUCCAAAUGUCGACAGUGCGCCGUCACAUCUGGCCCCGGCGACAACUCGGCCUGCGUGCCCUGCCCGCCGGGCCGCCUCUUGGUCAGCGAGAAGGGAGCCGAGGGAACGUGCCGGCGCUGCCCGCCAAACUCCAUCGUCGCCGCCGAGUGGCCCAGCGGCGAGCCGGUCUGCCGAGCGUGCGGUGUGAACACCAAGAACAACCAGGCGUACACGGCCUGCCUGAGCGAUUGCACGGCCAAAGUGCAGACGACUUCCGGCGCCUUCCUGCACUACGACUUCUCCCCUCUGUCGAACGUCACCUCCUUCCAAAGCGGGCCGCGCUUCACCAGCAAAGGCCUGCGCUACUACCAUCACUUUAGCGUGGCUCUGUGCGGCAAAGAGGGUCCGGCGACCUGCGUGGACAACGUGACGGAGCGCGGCCAAGCGGUCCGAGCUCAGGUGUGCCAGUCCCUGGUGGUUCCCUCGGACAUCAGGAAUGAGAACGUGGUGGCGUCGCAGCCCAUCGUGAUUGGCGACACUCUCGUUGGCGUCAGCACGGACGCGGCCCUGGCGAACAUCUCCUCUCCGUCGUGGCUCUUCCCCCCCACGUCUGGCCUAGCGGAUGUUAUCUUCUAUUACAAGUCCGCUGAGACGACACAAGCUUGUAAAGGAGGCCGCUCAGCCACCAUCAGGCUGAGAUGCCAGCCGGCCGUGAGCGCCGUUGACAGCAUCACGCUGCCCAGUAACUGUUCGGAGGGCACGUGCGAUGGCUGCUCUUUCCACUUCCUCUGGCAGAGUCGGCACGCGUGUCCGCUGUGCACCAAACAGAAUUACAGAAAGAUUGUCAGCGCUUGCGAACAAGGAAUACAGAGGACGACGUACGUCUGGCAGCAGCCGUUGCGGUGUGCCGGAGGAGAGGCUCUCCCAGCCCAGACUGUCGGCGCUUGCGUGAGUCUGGAUUUUUGGCUCAAGUUUGGCGUUUCCACGGGAACGGUGGCCGCCGCUCUGCUCGUCACCCUCAUCUGUUACUUCUGGAAGAAGACGCGCAAGUUGGAGUACAAGUACUCCAAGCUGAUGAUGAGCUCCGGGGGCAAAGAGUGCGAGCUGCCCGCCCCUGACAGCUGCGCCAUCAUGGAGGGGGAGGACGCCGAGGACGACCUCAUCCAUCUCACUCACAAAUCCUUCUUGAGCAAAAUGAAAGCAUACUCGCGCGAGAGGACAUCUGACGGAUUCGAUUCGGUGCCCCUGAAGUCGUCAUCGAGCCGCCUCCUGCACAACGAGGAGGGCGAUUCCGAUGAGGCGUGAAUGCAAAGGGUUGACGGAAGCACUUUUGGGUGAAUGCUUUUUUUUUGUCCGUGGAGGAAGCGGCGUGUACUGCUGCGUCUUCGGGCUACAGGAAGCAUCCGAAUUCAUGCGAGACUGAAAAGCCUUCCAAACGAUGUGUGGCCCUCAAAAUGUGAGCACCUGGAAUGAAGCCUCGUUUGUCUCGAUGGCUGCGACGCUGGACGGUUACCCGUCUGUAUGAAAUGGAACAAUAUGAAAGGAAUAAUAAAUACAAUUGAUAGAACACUGAAUUUUGUACAAUAAUAAUAUAAUUCCCAUUAUAGUUGGAUUGGGAGUUGUAUAAAUUUGCUUUUUUUUGUCUUUUUGUCCUUUCGAAUUGGCUAACCUGUUUUGUAUUUGGCAACCUACGUGUAUGUAAUGAUGUAUGAUUUGACAAUAUGUCAAAUGGAUCAGUUUUAGCUUCGAGGGCAAAUGUUGCUCCGGAUAUUUUCAUUUGAAACCUUCUUGUGCCUUCUACUUUCCCAAUAAAAUCUCAUGAAAAUGA